ACUAACCCUAGUGUUUGUGCAUAAAGUUUGUGACGAAUUCGGCAUAAUGUUACUCUUAUCUUGUGACAUUGUGCGUCGACGUUAGGUAUAAAAGUACCACAAUGAGCGCAGCAUUUAGGCAUAUUUUUUGCAUGCUUCUCCUUGUCAGCGUAUCGUUAGCUGCACCGGCUAGUCCUAGAGACGUCAACGGACGUGAUAUCUUCGUUCUCGCUAAAACCAAGACCGUAGCUGUUCAAAAAUGCGAGACCGAGCAUGGCAUUUAUGUCGUAAAUUAUGCCGAAGACGACUUAGAGGAACUGGAGAAAGUGAAGAAGCCAGAGGUGGACCAUAACGUGUAAUUAUCACAUAACCUCCUUGACUCACGGAGGAAGGGACCCAUUCCGCGCGCUCCAAUUCCUACCUCUGUGCUGUCAUCUAUGUACAAUGACGACUUCUUCUAGUACUGUGCUCCAAGCUAG